AUGGAUGCGUCCAACGCCACAGGUUGGAGCAACCGAAGUGAGGCGGUGGGAGAUCUCCUGGAGAAGCCCCUGUCCGUGGUGGGUGUGCUGGUGUUGACCCUGUUAGCCGGGCUGGUGGUCGCCACCUUCCUUUGGAACCUGCUGGUUCUGUUCACCAUCCUGAGGGUCAGGACGUUCCACCGGGUCCCGCACAACCUGGUGGCCUCCAUGGCCAUGUCUGACGUGAUGGUGGCCGCCCUGGUCAUGCCCCUCAGUUUGGUUCACGAGCUGAACGGGCGGCGCUGGAGGCUGGGCAAGGCCCUGUGCCAGGUCUGGAUCUCGUUCGACGUCCUGUGCUGCACGGCCAGCAUCUGGAACGUGACCGCCAUCGCCCUGGACCGCUACUGGUCCAUCACCAGGCACCUGGAGUACACGCUCAGAGCCAGGAAGAAGGUCUCCAACAUGAUGAUCGUGCUGACCUGGCUCCUCUCGGCUGUCAUCUCGCUCUCCCCGCUCUUCGGCUGGGGCAAGACCUACUCCGAGCGGGACCAGCGAUGUCAAGUCAGCCAAGAGCCAUCGUACACCAUCUUCUCCACCUUCGGGGCUUUUUACCUGCCGCUCUGUGUCGUGCUGUUUGUGUACUGGAAGAUCUACAAAGCCGCAAAGUUUCGAAUUGGAUCGCGAAGGACUAACACCAUUACCCCGAUGCCUGAGGCGAAGGAGACAUCCCACCAGCCCCGGAUGGUGUUCACGGUCAGACACGCCACCGUGACCUUUCAGACGGACGGGGACACCUGGAGGGAGCAGAAGGAGAAGAAGGCGGCGCUGAUGGUGGGGAUCCUGAUCGGAGUCUUCGUGCUCUGCUGGAUCCCCUUCUUCAUCACCGAGCUGAUCAGCCCCCUGUGCUCCUGCAGCAUUCCCCCCGUCUGGAAAAGCAUCUUCCUGUGGCUGGGCUACAUCAACUCCUUCUUCAACCCUCUCAUCUACACGGCCUUCAACAAGAACUACAGCAACGCCUUCAGGAACCUCUUUUCCAGGCCACGGUGACCUAACGG